CUCAGGAGUCUGGUAUAGAAGACAUGACAUGUAAGAUGAGUCACCGCAAGAUAGUUCAUAAGAAGACAACUAUAAGCAGGAACAGCCAAGCUCAGCACUACGUGUGGAGCGACAUCCAACGAGACAUUGACACCAUGGCUGUGGUACUGGUGAAUGACAGAGAGGAGUGGGGCGACGAACACACACAGAUCAGCGACUCGGACUCAGAAGUGGAUUACCUGGCCAUCAUCCCGGAGGUGACAGACGUUGUGCCUGACACGGUGCCUGUGACAGGGGAGUCCUACUGCCACUGUGACCCCUGGGAGGAAACCAGCCCUGGGGCUCUGCUGCAGGGCUUCCAGACCCUCAACGACUGCCUGUGUGGAGAGGAGGACCAGGGUUUUGACUGGGUGUGGGAUGAGGGUGUUAAGCCCAAUGCUGCGUUCCUGAGCUGUGACAACCGCAAGGUGAGCUUCCACUCUGAGUACAGCUGUGGCACAGCCGCCAUCCGCGGCACCAAGGAGCUGGCAGAUGGACAGCACUUCUGGGAGAUCAAGAUGACGUCACCCGUCUACGGCACAGACAUGAUGGUGGGCAUCGGGACCGCUGAGGUCAACCUGGACAAGUUCCAACACAGUUUUUGCAGUAUGCUGGGGAUGGACGAGGACAGCUGGGGACUUUCCUACACAGGUAUCCUGCAGCACAAAGGGGACAAGGUGAAUUUUUCAUCCCGUUUUGGCCAAGGCUCCAUCAUAGGGCUGCACUUUGACACAUGGCAUGGAACCCUUACCUUCUAUAAGAACCGCCGCUGUAUAGGUGUGGCCACCACCAGGCUUCAGAAUAAGAAGUUCUACCCUAUGGUGUGCUCCACUGCAGCCAAGAGCAGUAUGAAGGUGAUCCGGGCCUGCUACACACCCACCUCCCUGCAGUACCUCUGCUGCUCUCGCUUGCGCCAGCAGCGGCCCAACUGCCCUGACAUCCUGAACUUGCUGCCCCUGCCCCCGGGCCUGCGCCACCUCCUCCACAUCCAGUUGGGCUGGGUGUUCACCCUCAACAACGGCGCCCCCGAGCAGUCUGAGGACUUGACUGAAGACUUCGUUGAUGACUUUGCAGUGGAGUUGCCUGAUGACUUGCUUGAGGAGCCUAGUCCAUGCCCGAGCCCCUGUCUCAGCCAGCUGUCCUCCCUCAGUCCCUGCUCCUCCCCUAGCCCUGUACCCAACCCCCUACCAUGCCAAUGCCCCUGCCUCCUCUCGCCCAGUGCCCAGCCCUGCCCCUCCCUGUGCCCCUGCCUGCCCACCCUUCCAGGGAGCAACUCAUACAGUGAGGACUUCCAGUGGAAAAGAUGCCGCUGGACAUGACUUUCCUUUUCAAAUAUCCCCCCAGAAAUGUUAGAUAAAGUUGGCACUUGAUCUAUUCUGGACUUUUCUACAAAUGCCAUUACCAUCUACUGGUGGAAAAGUCCACAAGAGGGAAAGAGUUAUAUCUUAGUCAGAUUUCUAAGCACUUUCUAAGACGUUCUGAGUGGAAUGCCCUCUCACCCAAAAGACUGUCAACAGUGUCCUUCUAAAGCACUUUGUCGAUGAACUCUCCCCAGCUUGCCUGGCUGAAGGGAAGGGUAAGACAGCCACCCCUGAUAUCCACCACCCUGCUCUUGAGUCAGAUAGAUAACAGACUUAGAACCAAGUCAUCUACUGUAUUUACGCUCCCUAUACUUUCAUAUCAAGGCUCAGAGAGCCACAAAGCUCGAAUUUAGAAAAAGGUGCAUUGCUCAAUAUACAUCUUUGUAUACAAAUAUGUAAAUAUAUACUGUACAUACAGUGGGGUCCAGAAUGAUUGGAUCCCUUGAUAACGAUGAGCAAAAAAGACUGUAUAAAUUUAAAAAAAAAAAAAAAUACUGAGCUUAUUGGAUCCCCAGUUUUCCAUGCAGAAUCUUUCCAGAUCCUUGAUAUCCUUAGUCUGCGCUUUAGGACUGCCCUCUUCAAUUCAAACCACAGGUUUUCA